AAUGUGGGCCAACUUUUUACUCCCCACCCACCAAAUAUUAACGCCAAAGAUGGGUUUGCAGAACCUUGCAAGUCUUCUUGCCUUGAAUUUGACUGUACAAAACUUUUCAAGUUUUCUAUGCAUGGAGACUACUUUCUGAAAACUUCCCAAUAUCAGCACAGGGAAUUCGGGAUUUAACUAUGGCCAAGGAAGACAUUUCUUUCCAUGGGUGCAGGGAAACCCCCGUCUUCAUAUUCUUCAAGGAUGCAAGAUCAAUUUUCAAAAUGGACGAACUUGGUUUAGAGAUAAUGAGGAUUGCUCUCCCUGCUGCUCUGGCUUUGACAGCUGAUCCUAUUGCAUCUCUGGUUGAUACAGCAUUCAUCGGCCAAAUAGGUCCUGUUGAACUUGCUGCUGUUGGAGUUUCUAUUGCCUUAUUCAAUCAAGUAUCAAGAAUUGCUAUAUUCCCCCUUGUCAGUAUCACUACUUCUUUUGUUGCUGAGGAAGAUACAAUCACAAAAGUGAUUCCAGAGUCGGAAGAUUGUGAAAGCUUGGAGAAUGAAUUGUCGUUAGACAAUGAAAAUAAGAUGUUGAUACCAGAGAACGAUUCUGACAAGACUCCAUCCAAGUCAGAGUUACUUGCCAACAGUUUUGAGGUAGCUAAUAUUAAGCAUGAAAAGAGGCACAUUCCAUCGGCAUCUUCAGCAUUAAUUAUUGGUGGCAUCCUUGGUAUCAUCCAAGCUGCAUUCUUGAUUUCUGCUGCAAAGCCUUUAUUAAACUUCAUGGGAGUCAAAUCUGACUCGCCAAUGCUAUUCCCUGCACAAGAGUACCUGACACUAAGAUCACUUGGCGCUCCAGCUGUUCUUCUAUCGCUGGCUAUGCAAGGAGUGUUUCGUGGAUUUAAAGAUACAAAAACUCCAUUGUAUGCAACAGUGGCAGGAGAUCUAACAAACAUAAUUUUGGACCCCAUAUUUAUGUUCGUUUUUCAUUUGGGGGUCAGAGGUGCAGCCAUUGCACAUGUUCUGUCUCAGUACCUAAUUUCACUAAUACUAUUUUGGAGGUUAGCAGAACAAGUAGCUCUUUUACCUCCUAGUCCCAAAUAUCUGCAAUUUGGUCGGUUUCUUAAAAACGGUUUUUUGUUACUGAUGAGGGUCAUAGCUGUGACUUUCUGUGUAACCCUUGCUGCAUCAAUGGCGGCGCGGAGGGGUCCAACACAAAUGGCUGCAUUUCAGGUCUGCUUGCAGGUUUGGCUUGCUACAUCUCUUCUGGCCGAUGGCUUGGCUGUCGCUGGGCAGGCAAUUCUUGCCAGUGCAUUUGCAAAAAAGGACUACAAUGGGGCAGUUGCCACUGCAUCACGAGUGCUACAGUUGGGGGUGGUUCUAGGAUUGGUUCUAGCUCUUAUCCUCGGAAUUGGAUUACAUGUUGGAGCAAGAUUAUUUACCAAAGAUAUUGACGUCCUCCACCUUAUUGGAGUUGGAAUCCCGUUUGUUGCAGCAACUCAGCCCAUAAAUGCCCUUGCCUUUGUUUUUGAUGGCGUCAACUUUGGAGCAUCUGACUUUGCAUAUUCAGCCUACUCAAUGGUUACUGUGGCUAUAUUCAGCAUUCUUUUUCUGUUCAUUCUUUCAUCCAGUAAUGGAUAUAUUGGAAUCUGGAUUGCACUAACGCUCUAUAUGAGUAUGAGAGCAUUUGCUGGUUUUUGGAGGAUAGGGACUGGAUCGGGGCCUUGGAACUUUCUUAGGACCUGAUUGCAAUUGUUUAUAGUUUCAAGAAAAGUUUUAUAAGUUCUCUUGUACUGAAUUCUCUUGCUAAAUAUAUAAUGUAUAGAAUAAUUGUAAUGUCAUUGAAGUUGGAAACUAUCUUAUUAAUAAAGAAAAGCUUCUCUUGAUGCCC